AUGAGCGACCGUGGUUCCAAACCGUCUAGCCCGACAAGGAACCCAAAACCCACCGGAAGCUGCACUACAGAAGUCACUCAGACGACUACCUCUUCUGCAGCACACCCGGGUCUGGAGGAUAUAUCUCAAUCGACCUCUGAACAACCCCUGUCAACACCCGUAAUUGUCGUUACAAGGUCGCCCGCCUCUUCACGGGCACAAACUCCAGAGUCGGGGGCUCGACAGGGUCAUCCCCUUGUUAUCCGUCAUCGCUCAAGAUCUAGUUCGCCGCUACAGCUUCAGAGACAGGAACGCUCUCCUACGCCUUACGAACGCCCACAGCGCUCUCAGUCACAACCCCUCGAAGCCUCAAUACCUGUGACGAACAUCACCAUGUCUUCUUCGGGAUCUUCGCCAUCGGGCACGUCCAGUGCUGGCAGCAACUCUGGAUCAGGUCAACUUCCAUACGCCCCGUUUCCAUAUCCAAUGCCCGCCAAUCCUAGGGGCGGCUCGAGCCAGGGAAGUCAAGGCAAAUAG